CACUUCAUUUGACUUCCGGUAGCUGUUGUACAGUUUAUUAAGUGGAAAGCAUGGCAGCUAUCGGUGUGCAUUUUGGUUAUACGUGUGCAUGUGUUGCAGUAUUCAAGGAUGGAAGGGCUGAUGUGGUGGCCAAUGAUGCAGGAGACAGAGUCACUCCAGCUGUUGUGGCUUACAGAGAAACUGAACAGAUUGUUGGUAUUGCGGCGAAGCAGGGCAGAAUAAGGAACGCUGCCAAUACUGUGGUGAAAGUGAAGCAGAUUCUCGGCAGACGCUACGAUGAUCCAGCGGCUCAGGCACACAGAGACGAAAGCAAGUGCACAAUUGUCAACAAAGGGGAUAUGCCCAUGUAUGAACUCGACACAGGCGAGACGACAAAGUACGUGUCCCCUGAAGACGUAGCCAAGUUGGUUUUCCACAAAAUGAAAGAGACGGCUCAGUCAGCUUUGGGUUCUGAUGUUAAAGAUGCCGUCAUCACCGUGCCUUUUGAGUUUGCCGAGAUGCAGAAAAAGGCAUUGAGGAACGCUGCAGAAGGAGCCGGAUUCAACGUUCUCCGUCUGAUUCACGAGCCCUCCGCUGCACUCCUGGCCUACAGCAUCGGCCAGGACACUCCAUCAGGGAAGAGCCAUGUGCUGGUGUAUAAGCUCGGCGGCACGUCAUUAAGUGUGACGGCUCUAGAGGUGAACAGUGGGAUGUACCGAGUGCUCGCUACGCACACUGACCACAGCACCGGAGGAGAGAGUUUCACACAGGCUUUGGCUCAGUAUCUGGCUGGCGAGUUCAAAAAGUUGUAUAAGCACGAUGUGAGUGGGAACCCGAGGGCAAUGAUGAAGCUGAUGAACAGCGCUGAUGUAGCCAAACACACACUGUCUACACUGGGCAGCUCCAACUGCUUCGUCGACUCGCUUUAUGAUGGCAUGGACUUCGAGUGUAACGUGUCCAGAGCACGCUUCGAGUUGAUCUGCUCAAACCUGUUCAGUAAGAGCAUCCAGCCAAUCCGAAAACUCCUGGAGCAAGUCAACUUAUCCACUUCAGAUGUCAACAAGGUGGUCCUGAGCGGAGGCUCGGCACGGAUUCCCAAACUGCAGCAGAUGAUCAAAGACUUGUUCCCAGAUGUGGAGCUGCUCUGCUCGAUUCCCCCAGACGAGGUGAUCCCGGUGGGUGCGGCCAUGCAGGCGGGAAUCCUGGUAGGCAAGGACAGCCUGGACCUGGGCGAGGACUCCAUCACUGUGGACUGUUGUGCCAGUGACAUCCUGGUCAAGGAAGUGAACGACUCUGGGGCAGACAUCUUCACCGUUUUGUUUCCAUCUGGCACACCCCUCCCUGCCCGUCGCCAGCACACGCUGCAGGGUCCCGGCAGCCUGGCGUCGGUGUGUCUGGAGCUGUACCAGGCCCAGAAACCUUUAGCACAGAUUGUUCUUAGGGACCUUGAACCUAAAGACGAGAUGCAUGAUAUCAUCACCGUGGUUACAAUGAAGAGGGACGGUUCACUCCACGUCACUUGUACAGAGCAAGGCAGCGGCAGAUCGGAGGCUGUUACUAUAGAAACAGCUGCAGCGGCAUCAUAGGAAACCUUCAUACACUCGUGUGCUAUAUUAACGUCUAAACCACAGCACCUGUAACGCAUGUAGAAACCCUGAGCAUUCCGAAACGAUCACAUUGCCUUAAAUCUGACAUUGAAAUAAACGUUGUCCGUUUAAAAA